CUGCAUUCUCGUGUCGUGCCGUAGCUUUGUAGAUUGCGGCGUGCACACAYACAAACGCACACACAGUCACACACAAUUCUCCGUGCAACAAACCCAACCGAACCACCAAGACCGACSAUGCCCGGUCUCCUGACGCCCGAGCGCCGCCAGAAGGCGAAGCAACGGUCCCGCGUAAAGAGCAAGACCAAGAAAUCCCCCACGCCGCAGCCUUCGGCGAAAGAYGAUGCUUGUGGGCCCCGGACGGUGACGCCCACCACCGGAAGCGACCGGUCCUUCCGGUGGGACGACUACGGCGCCACCGGUUCGCCGUCGCCGUCGCUGUCGCUGGCCUCCUCGUCGUCCUUCUCGUCCCCCAUGCGARGCAACAACAGCGAGAAGAACCAGCAGACCUCCUUCCARACGGCCGCGACGGACUCGAUGUACGCCUCCGACGAAGACAUGCCGAUGGACGAGCUGAUGGGGAUGCAGAAACAGCGCAGCCUCCACAUCCACCGCGACUACAACAUCGGCUCCGCAAACAGCAUCGUGAGCAGCUCCACGAGGUCGUCCAGGGCGGUGUCUCCCCAGCGACGCAGCAGCAGUGGCAACAGAAAUAGCAACAGCAAGAGCAGCGCCACGCCGACCAACGAGGUCGGCGACGUUCUCGGCCUGUCCAACAUCAUGAGGAUGGUGUCGCCGUCGAACUGGAACAAUGUCUCGGGCCACGACACCGAGUCUUCUACGACGGGAAUCCAGAGGAUGAUUGCCGCCCUCGACAGCGGUUCCGCCGCCCUACGGCCGCCCGAUCUGAGCCGAGACGAAUGCCUCCUGUGGGAUUCCCUCCAGACCGCCAUGGCCAACGAUCGGAACGAGCAGCUCUCCAAGUUCAAGGCCGUGGAGCGCGAUCUCGAACGCAAGAUGAUCAAGGCCAAGACCCACAGCAUCGAUCUGGAACGAAAGGUUGCCGCCAUGGCGAUGGCCACGGAAACACCCGAGGGCGGCGAGGACGGAAAGCCCGCCGCAAGAAAUGCCCCCGAACGCGAGCGGGACAGCGACACCAAGCAGCUCCRGCAGAUAGAGUCCCUCCGGCAAGCGCUGGAAGCGAAGGAACGCCUUCUCAGGGAGCAGCAGGAAAGCCACGACGCCGAGGUCCUGGCCAUUCAGCGUGUUUUGGCCGAUGUUACCACGGAAAAGUUGCGGCUCGAGGGGGGCGAAGAUGCUCUGGCCGCCGAAAAGGAAAGCCCCACCGCGCCCGACCCCGAAGCGGCACACCGUGGCGCCAACGCGGACACCGACGCUUGCGCCGGCGCCGAGGACUCUGGAAGGAUCGCCUCCCUGACCUCCGAGCUGGAGGACGCGAGGGCCAAGCUCAAAGAAGCCGCGCAGGAAAACGAGAAACUGGCCACCGAGGUCGACGCCCUCCGAACGGAACUGGAAACCGCGAAAGCCAGCGCCGACGAGAGAGACAGCGCGGCGGAGGACCGGCACAGGGCCCAACUGGGGGAGCUCGAGGCAGCGAUUUCGUCGCAAAAGCUGGAAAACGAGAAGCUGCACGUCGAAAAGAUGGAAAUCCAGGUGGCCCGGGCCACCGCGCAGGCCGAAGYCGAGGGAUUCGAAACGGAGAACGAGGCCCUGGAAAGAGAAGCGGAGCAAGCGAAGCAAGAACGAGAGCAGGCAAUGCUCGAGGUGGAAGAACUGAAACAACAGAGGGCACUCGCGGAACAAGAAAUAGGAAACCUGAAAAAAGAAAAAGAAAAGGCCCUGGGCGAGGUAGAAAAGCUCCGAAAAUCAACGCUAAACGGAGCCGGAAAGCCUGCCGCGGAUGCCAAGGUGGACGCGGCAGACAAUUCGUCGGCGGACACACCCGGUGCGACCGACGACGGAGACGAAUCGAACGAGAGCGCGAACGCGAGCGCGGCGGAGGAGAGCGGAAACAAAACCGUCCGUGCCGAAGAAUUCGAAAAACUCCAACAAACCCUGACGGCGACGACCCUGUCGCUGGAAACCUCCAAAAAAAUAAUAGCCUCCCUGGAAAACGCGAACGGCUCGCUUGCCAUCGAGUCGCGAACGAAACUGAAAGAAAAGGAAGAAGAGCUCUCCGUGGCGCAAAAAGAAUCCGAGGAGCGCAAGCGCCACCUCGACAGCCUGGCCACGGAACUGCGUGAUUUGCAACGAAAACAGGGAGACAUCGAGGCAGCCGACCGGAGAGCGAUGGGCCAGGUCGCCAACCAAAAGAAACUAAAGGCACUCCUCGAAUCGAGCCUGUCCGAUCUACAGGAGUCGGUGGCCGUUCACGAGUGCGUUUCCGAUGCCUCGAACAUCGACGAGAUUUCCGAGAUUCUUGGCGACACGCUCAAUGCGAUUGCCGUGACGAUCGAAUCGGCGGAGCAGACCAUCGACGGCUCCUUYGCAGCCGCAGCAAGCGAUGCAGACUACGCAGAAACGACUUCCGAAGCCAGCAGCCAGGUCGACGUCAUCCACCGGAAGGAACCUUCGCGAAGCAUGAAACACGAACUGGACCAGAAGAAGAUAGCCGUAAAACGCCUGGAAGAAGCCCUGAAGAAGCAAAACGAGGAGAUUCGAAAGCUUCGCUACCAGCUCGAUGUCCGUGGCCGUGGAAGCAACCACAGCAACAACCACAACAGCAGCACCAACAACAGCAGCACCAACAACAACGAGAACGAGCAACUCAGAGCCGAGAUCCAGAAUCUCCGCCAGCAGUGCACAACCAACAUGGAGGUGCUAGCGAAGAAGGAGCGCGAGCUCUCGGUUCUGAGAUCGAGCCUGAAGGUCGACGACAACGAAUCGGGAUACAUAUCCGACGACGCGAGCGACGACGAAGACGACGACGACGGAACAGAGGUGGGAUCCAUCAUGUCCGCACCCAAGCUGAACGCGUACGGACCAGCCGACGCGGAGGCCUACGCGACGAUUUUGUCCCAAGCGAACGGGAGGAUCGGAAUGCCCGCCACCGCGCAGGUCGACGAAAUCGAAUCCCUGAAGAAGGACCUCAUGGAAGCCCUCGGAGAAAAGGAGUCCGCCUCGAAGGAGUUGAAAGCAAGACGAGAAUCGCUGGCAAACGCAAAAAUGAUCAUUUCUUCUCUGGAAAAAGCAAACAAGGGCAUGAUGGAAGACCUCCGAUCGCGCCUCCAGGACAGCAACACGGCGAUUUCGUCCCUCCUGGACAAGUCCAAGGCGCACGAAAACGAGGCCGAGGAUCUCAAGCAGAAGUUGCAGAAACUAGAGCGAGAAAAGGCCGAAGAACGGGAAAAAUACGAGUCCGAACUAACGGAACUGAGAAGAAAAGCAAGAAGCGACGACGGAGAAGAAAGUUCUUUGGAAGAGGAGAAACGGACGCUUGCAGCAGAUUUAGACUGACCAUGACAUCAUUUGUCGCAUAAAUUCCCCCAAAAGUUUUCGAACAAACUACUGUAUUCAAU